CUGUCAAAAUCCAAUCGAUUGGGUGUUUAUUUUUCAUGAACAGUUCGAAUAUUUCAAUUUUCUUCUAUACUUUGAAAUGUUGAUAUAAAAUAAACAGUUUUACCGGUGUGAAUUUUAACAAAACCAAAAUGUAUAUUUGUCGCCUGUGUACCAAAGUGAUUACUGAAUAUGUUUCCGUUUUUGCUCGCAGAAAUGGAAACUCGCUUGCCGAAAUGGUUAGCUUUGUUGCUUCCAUCGAGAUAACCGAAACUGAUCAAUUAUCUGCGAUUGCCUGUAUUGAUUGCGUAGAACUGACCAUUGAUGCCUUUCUCUAUGUGCAACGAGUGCGAGAAGCGGAUACGUUGCUAAAGAAAUCGCUAACGCAGGAAUCAAAUCUGAUGGGCAAUUUGUCAAACGAUAUCAGCAAUCUCAGGAAAUCGUUUCUGUCCGUAGAUCAAGUUGCUGAGUCAGAACUUGCUGGGAAGCUAGAUGAAGUUUCUAUGAAGGAGGAUGUGGUAUUAGUACAACCGCCAAACAUUCCGGAUGCCGGAGAAGUGAUACAAAAAAUGCACAAGGAGUCUGACGAACGUUUGCUUGAUUUAGAUAUCUCGCCUGUAGAAUAUCUUGAGGGUGAACCUGAGUCUGUGUCCAUGAAGCUAAUAGGUCUUUUAAUAGAAUCAAUCCACGACGUAGGAUCUCAGAAAUGGGUUAAAAUAAAACAUGACCCUGACGCAGUUGAAGCGGUUGAGAGAACUAGUAUUCAAUCGGAGUCUGACGAAGAAAAUAGCUCGGAUGAAGAAAACGACUUAAUAUAUGAUGGACCAAAGAUAGAUGGCGGUGGACACAUUGUAAGAUGCUGUAUUCGCAAAUGUAAGCUCAAGUUCCAAUCGCGCCAUGAACUUAUUCAACACGGUUCGGAGGUACACGCAUCAAACCGUUUGAUCACCGAUACGGUCAGUCUGUUCGAAUGCGUCGUCUGUUUCCAGAGUUUUGAAACUCGCAAAAGUCUAGCGUGUCAUCUUCAAAAAAUGAUUCGAGACUAUCGUUGUCAUAUCUGCAACACGUAUUUCGAUGACCCACAACAAAAAAGAUCGCACAUGAGAGCCACUCACAAGGAUGUAAGAACAGUUUCAAGCUACCGCCUUGAAGAUCAACCCGUUAAAAUUUGCUGCGGUUGUGAGUCUACUUUCGAUACAAUAGAAGAACUUUUCCAGCACGGCGUAGAUACGCAUCAAUUCCAGCAUUCUUAUGCUAACGAAGGCCGCGAGAAGCAAUGCAAUAUCUGUUACAAAUACUUCAAAACGAACACAAGUCUCCGAAACCAUCAGAUUCUGGUGUACAAACCGAAAUCCUAUUCCUGCCCGGAAUGUGGCAAAUCUUUCGAAUGUCCGUCAAAACUUUCCAACCACGAGACAACGCACCGAACGGAGCGGAAUUUUUCCUGUACCACUUGCGGUGGCACUUUCAAAACAGCGGCCGACCUACGCGGUCAUCAGCGGAUCCACCAGGAGAAGACGCUAAUUUGCAACGUGUGUGGUUCACGGUUCCACAGACAAGCACAUCUAAGAUCGCAUUUGAAGACCCACGACGAUCAAGCGUUUGAAUUCGACUGCAGCCUGUGCCCGAAAAAGUUCAAGGAAAAGUCUAACCUAAAGACCCACUUGAAGGUGCAUACCCGAGAGAAACCGUACCAGUGUCAGUAUUGCUCGAAACAGUUUCGCUAUAUUAGCGAUAGGAAGCGGCAUGAGAUUUGUCACACGGGGAACUAUCCCCACAAAUGUUCGGUAUGUGGGAAGACCUUUAUCCGAAAUCAUCAGCGAAAAACACAUGAGAAUAUGUGUGUCAGUAAGAUGUGAUUGGCUGGUCAUAAAGGUGAAUUUAUUUGAUUUCCCACAAAAAAGAAUAAUUCAUCCAAUUAGCAAAGAGACGGGACAUGUUUAUUUAAAUACACAAUCGAUUCCUAAGCUUAA